AUGGUUCUAAAGUGUUCUCGAAAGUUGAUCUAAAAGAUGCCUAUUUUCAAAUCCCUUUAGAUCAAUCUUCAUCUAUUUUGACGACGAUUAACACUCCUUUUGGUCUGUCCAAAUACAAUUCCCUUCCAUUUGGUCUACGUUGUUCUCCAGCCAUAUUUCAGGAAGUUAUGAAUGAAGUAGUUAAUGAUGAAGAAGGUGUUGAAGUUAAUCAAGAUGAUCUCAUUGUUCAUGGUUCUGAUAAGGUAGUUCAUGACCAGAGAUUUAUUGCCUUAUUACUUCAUUUAAUUGAGAAGAAUAUUACAGUGAACCCAAAUAAAUAUUCAUUUUGUGUAUCUAGUUUUGACUGCCUUGGAUACCUAGUUGAUGGUCAUGGUUUCGAACCAGAUAUGAAACGACUAGCUCCACUGACAGAUGCACCGUCUCCAAAAAAUCUUACGGAAUUACGUUCACCAGUGAUCGCUCUUCAGUACUAUUCCCGUUUUAUUCCUAGUUUUUCUUGUCGUGCAAAUUGUUUAUUUAAUAUUUUGAAAUCCAAUUCCUUCAAAUGCGGUGAGGAACAAGAGUCAUGCUUACGAAGUCUACUAAAGUUUCUUCAAAGUGAUGCUGUUCUUCAAACGUACUCCCCUAAUGUACAUUCUGUACUUAUUACUGAUGCAUCACCUGUGGGCAUUGGUGCAUUUUUGGAACAGGAAGGUAGAUCAGUCAUUUGUCUUUCAAGCAAACUUACUGUUACUGAAAAAGGUUAUUCGCAGACUAAGCGAGAAGCAUUAGCCGUGUUUUGGGCUGUUAAAAGACUUCAUAAAUAUUUAUUCGGAAAGAAAUUCACUAUUGUUACAGAUCAUGAAGCUUUAAAGUUUAUUUAUCAUCCCGAAAAAUCCUUAGCAAGUUCUUCAGCUGCUAUGGUUCAACGAUGGAGUAUUGCUUUGAGUGCAUAUGAGUAUACGGUUCAGCACAGAAGUGCCAAACAAAUUCGAAAUGUUGACUACAUUUCUCGACAGCCAUUACAAGAUAGACCUAUAAAUACUUCGGACUGUUUGUUGGUGCAAUCUUUACCAGUGAGACGUUCAGAUCUCAUUAUAGAAACUGGCAGAUAUUUUGGAAGUAUACUCAGUGCUAUAUGGAAAGGCUGGAAUGCUAAUUUGAAACGUAGAUUUCCUGUCUAUUUUUCAAAGCGGAAUGAGCUAUCCUCUACUCCUGAUGGCAUUUUGUAUUUAAAUGAUCGUGUUGUCAGUCCUCCUUCAUUGCGUAAAUCUGUUCUUGAAGAUCUUUAUAGUGGUGAUUAAGGUGUUGAAAAAAUGAAGUCAUUGACUAGGCUCACAUAUUGGUGGCCAGGGAUAAAUGCAGAUAUAUGCCGUACGGCAAACAAUUGUGAGAAAUGUCAUCAGUUGAAAAAUCAGCCUUCGUAGUGGAUGUCAUGGCCAGUAUCGCCCGACGCCUGGCAGAGAAUUCAUGCUGACUAUUGUGUUCCGUUUCUUUGCAAAUAUUAUGCACAAGUAGUUAUUGAUUCGUUCUCAAAGUGGCCUGAAGUUUUUUCACAACUUCACCAAAUUCUGAUUUCACAAUACAAGCAUUAAGAAAGGUGUUUGGUCGAGAAGGGCUUCCUAUGGUGUUAGUGACCGAUAAUGGCUCUCAUUUUGCUGCGGAUGCAGUCACCACCUGGUUGAAUUUAUAGUAUGCAAAAAUUUGUUUACUGCUCCCAGACAUCCUUGUUUUAAUGGUUAGACAGAGAAUUUUGGUCAGAACAUUAAAGACUGCUAUUGAUUCUAUAGCCCCCUCAACAUUUAAUGAGCUGGAGAGGGGAGUAGACACCUUUCUAUUGCAAUAUAGAAAUGCCAGAUAUUCGGUGACGAGACUCCAGCGAAGUUAUUGAUAGGAAGAAUUCUUCGGUCGAAUAUGAGUUGUUUGGAGUCUGCAGAAGUUACAUAUUAUUGUGGAAAUGACCUUCGACCAUCCACAGGGAUUGUUCUUAAGAAUGUCAGAAAAUCAUCGAUGCGAAUUCUAGAUAUCAAUGGCUUAAGUGCACACAAUCGACAUGUUGAUCAAAUACAAUUUCAGGAACCAGGUGUGUCAAUUCCAAUUUCAGUUGUUAAUUCUAAUGGUAAUGAGUACAUCCUAGAUAAUACAGAGUCCUUAUCUAACACACUGUCCGACAGAAACAAGAUGAACUUGAGGAGAAGACGUACAAUUGAUUACAGACAUCUAGACUCCAAUUUAAGCUGUGGCGGAUGUGUUGAUUGAAUGAACUAAUGAUUCCUUUGUACUUGUUGCAUGCUUGAGUUCGAAUUCUAAAUACAGUACAUUCGUUCGUGCUUGUCUACUACUUUUUGACUCAGUCGCGUUAUUUCUGGUAUUCUUAGUUCAUACUAUAAUUCAAAUACUUCUUAAUAUCACAGGGACCUAACCGUCAAGGUUGGAAUGGACAACACCGGAUGUGAACACAUGAUGGGAUGACAUGAACUAGGAGAAAGAAACGAAAAUGGUGAGAGAUUUGCAAACCUAUAUGCCUUCAAUAAACUGUUCAUAGGCGGCACCAUAUUCCCAC